AUGGCAGUAGAGCAGGGCAGAGCAGCUUUGAGGUACAACACAUACUUCGUGGCAUUGCAAUUUGUAGUCGUGGUUGGGGCAGCAGUAUUUGCUAGAACAGUUAUCUGCAAGAAUUUGGAUGUGGCUUCAAGGGUUGCUCGUACUGAUGGUCUGGACUGCAUAACACUGGAUGAGUUUUUCCCUUACAAAUGGAAUGGACUUAUGACAGGGGAUCAAGUAAGCAAGAAAGGUAGUAUGACUGGAGGAUUUUAUGAUCACCGUCGAUCGAGAUUGAGGUUUAUGAAUAUCAUUAAGCAGAAUGCAGACACCAUUCACAGUAGAGAGGAGGAAUUGGAGAAAAUAGACCAAAAGAUUAGUGAACUUGUUGCUGAGCAGCAGAAGAUUGAUGCCAAACGUGCUCAUGACAAAUCUGAGAUAGAACAGCUUAAGCAGGAUAUUGCUAAUGCUAAUAAGCAGAAGCAGUUGAUUUCUAAAGCACUUACAAAAAAGGAGAAAUCUGUUGGGGAUGUCCAGAAUCAGAUUGAACAACUUAAGGCUAGUAUCGCAAUGAAAAAUGCUGAGAUGGGCACUGAGCUAAUUGAUCAUUUAACACCAGAGGAAAAAAAACUCCUGUCAGAUUUGAACCCUGAAAUCAAAGACCUCAAAGAGAAGCUUGUUGCAUGCAAGACUGAUCGAAUUGAGACUGAAGCUCGGAAAGCAGAACUAGAUACCAAUCUGACUACUAACCUUAGGAGAAGGAAACAAGAGUUGGAGGCUGUAAUAACAUCUGUUGAUUCUGACUCUCUGGUUGGUGAGGCUGAAUCAAAGGGGCAGGAACUUAGUGAUGCUAAAAUAUUGGUUGAUGACUUAACAGAAAAUGUUAGAAGAGUUGCUGAAAGUAUAAAUGAUCGAACGAGGCAAAUUAAAAAGAUCAAAGAUGAAUUGAAUAAAUUGAAGUCUUUGGAGGACGAAUAUGAAAGGAAACUUCAGGAAGAAGCAAAAGAAUUAGAGCAAUUGCUGAGUAAAAAAAAUACAUAUGCUGCUAAAGAAGAGGAAUAUGCCAAGAAAAUAAGGGAACUGGGACCAUUGACAUCAGAUGCAUUUGAGGCGUAUAAACGAAGGAAUAUAAAAGAUUUGCAUAAAAUGCUGCACAGAUGCAAUGACCAAUUGCAGCAGUUCAGUCAUGUAAACAAGAAAGCACUAGACCAGUAUAUAAAUUUUACAGAACAACGAGAAGAACUUCAGAAAAGACAGGCUGAACUUGAUGCAGGAGAUGAGAAAAUUAGGGAGCUGAUAUCAGUGCUAGAUCAGCGGAAGGAUGAAUCAAUAGAACGCACUUUCAAAGGUGUUGCUAGGCAUUUUCGGGAAGUAUUUUCUGAACUUGUGCAGGGUGGCCAUGGUCAUCUGGUUAUGAUGAAGAAGAAGGAUGGUGAUCAUGAUGAUGACGAAGAUGAGGAUGGUCCCCGGGAAGCAAAUCCAGAGGGGAGAGUAGAAAAGUACAUUGGAGUGAAAGUGAAGGCAAGUGUCUCAUUUACUGGACAAGGGGAAACACAGUCCAUGAAACAGUUGUCCGGGGGUCAGAAAACUGUUGUUGCCCUUACGCUUAUCUUUGCCAUACAGCGAUGUGAUCCUGCGCCCUUUUAUCUAUUUGAUGAGAUUGAUGCAGCUCUGGAUCCACAGUACAGAACGGCUGUUGGAAAUAUGAUUCGUCGCUUGGCUGACAUAGCAAACACUCAAUUUAUUACAACAACUUUCCGCCCAGAGCUAGUGAAAGUUGCUGACAAGAUAUAUGGAGUAACACAUAAAAACAGGGUCAGUCGUGUUAAUGUUGUAUCCAAGGAAGAUGCAUUGGAAUUUAUUGAGCAUGACCAGACGCACAAUGCUGAAUAA